GAUCCACUAGGCUGCAUUUGCAGAAGGUAAAACCUUCAAGCUGAGCCUAUAAAUAGCACACCUUGAGGUUCAAAGAUCUGCACCCACAAAUUAAAUAAUUCAGUUCUCUUCUUCCGUUCUUCCUUUUUGAUCAUUUCCAAGUAAAUCGUUUUGGUUCAUCAUCAUGGGUGUUUUCACUUAUGAGUCUGAGAUCGUUACAGCAAUUCCCCCAGCCAAGAUGUUUCAGGCUCUCGUCCUUGAUGGUGACAAGCUCAUCCCCAAGAUUGUUCCCAAGGCCAUCAAGAGUGUUGAAAUCAUCGAAGGAGAUGGAGGGCCUGGCAGCAUCAAGAAACUCACUUUCGGUGAUGGGAGCCAGUUCAAAUAUGUGAAGCACAAGGUAGAAUCAGUUGACAAAGACAACUUCACAUACUGCUACACUGUGAUCGAAGGUGAUGCACUGAUGAACGCAUUCGAGAAAAUCAGUUACGAGACCAAGUUGGAGCCUUCUCCUGAUGGGGGUUCCAUCUGCAAGAGCACCAGCAAGUAUUACACCAUUGGUGACUUCGAGAUCAAGGAAGAGGAAAUCAAGUCAGGGAAAGAAAAGGCCUUGGGUCUGUUCAAGGCUAUUGAAGCCUAUCUCCUGGCAAAUCCUGACGCCUAGAGAGAGUAAAACAAAACGAGAUUGAUCAUAUAAAUUUGUGUAAUGCAUGUGUGCUUGUGAGAGAUUUGAUUUUUUUUUCCUUUUCUUCCACGCAAAUGUUGGAUUGGGAAUAAGAGUUCACAGUUUGUGAUUAGUAAGCAAGUUGUUUUGUACCCAUUGAUGCUCAAAGUCAUCAAUUGUACUGCUAAAUAAAGGAGUUGUAUAUCCAGGAAAUUAUGUUGUGAUGAAGGUAUCAGUAAAGUUUGAGAUAUUCAAGUCAUCC